CUCGAUUCGCCCAGCCCCAGAGCUUAGCUACGGAGCUGCUACCCAUGUGUCCUGGCAUCGGGCCCCUGGCACGUCUACCUUAGCCCGCCCCUUGCUGCAUUUUUACCCCAGCUUCUCGGUCCCUGCGUAUUGGUUCCCCCGCCCGCUGGUCAGGCGCGCCAUCAUGAGGUAAAAAGCCAAAAAGUUCUCAGUCAAUAAAUAUUAUGGGACGCUCCGCCAGACCCGGUCAGGGAUUUCCCCAGCUUUUCGGUUGCUGCCGCUCUUUGCUCUGCCCUGUCCGGAUCACACCUCGUAUCCUGUUUGCGUACUGCUUCUUCUUCCUUACCAUCACCUUCUUCCUAGGCAUCAGAAUGCACUUCAAAAGCUAUCUGUCCGCAGCCCUCUACGGGCUGCCAGCGCUGUCACAAGCUGUCGCAGCAGCAAAUUCGACAGCAGACCCUUUCCAGCUCUACACCAUUAGCGCGGAAAACAUCACCGCCAAGUUUAUCCCUUACGGGGCACGCUUGACAUCCCUCCUUGUCCCUGACCGUAACGGCAACCUACAAGAUGUUGUCGUUGGCUAUGAUGACCCCAAACAGUAUCUCAGAGACACUGAAACCAAUCACACCUACUUCGGUGCAGUUGUCGGCCGGUACGCCAACCGAAUUAAGAAUGGCACUUUCUCAAUCGGUUCCGAGGUGUACCAUAUACCAGAAAAUGAGAAUGGUGGUGAAGAUACACUCCAUGGAGGUACUGUGGGCUAUGAUCAACGCAAUUGGACAGUCACCGCAUACACCAAUUCCUCCAUCACCUUCACCUUGGUUGAUCGCGCUUUUGAAGACUUUCCCGGAGAUGUCAUCACCCAUGCUACAUUCAGUGUGCAGACCGAAAUCACAACCGAAAAUCCUCAAGGCCUUCCCCAGCUGACUACCAAACUUGUCUCCCUUGCCUUGACCGAGAAGACCCCAAUCAUGCUUGCCAAUCACAUCUACUGGAACCUGAAUGCCUUCAAGGACGAAACUGUUCUUGAAGAUACUUGGCUGCAGCUGCCUCUCUCCAAGCGGCUCGUUGGCACGAACGGUAUUCUGAUUCCCAAUGGCACCAUCUUGGAUGUCGAUGUCUACAAUGGCGCCCCCGACUUCACCACCGGGAAGCUGGUGGGCCAGGAUAUCAAGGAUGCAGAUGGCCUUUGCGGAACCGACUGCACCGGUUACGAUAACUGUUUCAUCGUCGACCGACCCCCUCAGUAUGCUGCUCGCAACUCGAUCGUUCCCAUCAUCCACAUGAAUUCCAGUACCACCGGGAUCAGCCUAGACGUUGCUACGAACCAGCAAGCACUCCAGAUCUACUCUUGCAAUGGCCAGAAUGGUACCAUCCCUGUCAAGCAGUCUCAAAUAAAGCGCAACGAGGCCGAGGGUAUCGAUGGCGCCGAAUACGUCAACCAGCAUGGUUGUAUCGUUAUUGAAACGGAGGGCUGGAUUGACGGCAUCAACAAUCCUCAAUGGGGUCAGCUGUCCGACCAGAUCUAUUCUCCUGAAACAGGGCCUGCCGUUAACUGGGCGACUUACCAAUUCGGUACCGUCUGAGUGGUCAGCGGAGCUUGCUUAGAAUACUAGUCUGAUCUGCGAUACUCCAAUAUUGGGACGGAAGUAUGAGCCCCUGUUUGUUCGUUAUUUAUGUUACAUCACUUCGUGUAAAUCCGCGACCGUGUACAUAAUUCGCGACAACAUAUGUCUGGUCUGGCAUGGGACGUAUGAAUAUCUACGUCAAACAUGUUCGAGGAAUCUAAGUAAAGAUAUUCUAU